CUAAAAUACUGUAGGUAAUUAUUGGGACUCUUAACAUUUGAAUUUAUUAGUCGGAGUAUAAUUAUAUUCCUAUCAUUAUGAUGUAUAUGGCACAAAUCCUGUUAGUGAUCUCACUGAUUAUAAUUAAUAUAAAUUACAAUCUGUCUUUGAAUUGCUAUUCAUGCUUACUAUGUCCAGAUCCUUUCGAUCCUUCAUCACGACUGGUACACAAUGAUAGUAAUUGUCAAUGGUGUGCAAAACUUGAAGUUCCACAUUAUUUUAACCCAAUCAGACAAUGUACACCUAGAUGUGACUUUGAAUAUUUCAGUAAAACAUACCCCAAGCUUACUUAUCAUUGCUGUCAAAAUAAUUAUUGUAACAAAGGUAUAAAAAAUCAAAUAAUUCAUCAAAUACUACUAAUAACUGUCCUAAUAUUUAUUUGUUUCAUUAUUCAUAAAAAGUAAUGAAACAAAAUCAACAGUACAAUGUUCAAAUGAAAAUGUUUUCAUAAGUUCACAAUCUAAUUUUUAUAUAUUUAAUCAUGUGAAAAACAAAAAAAAAAAUGGUGAUUUCUUUAUUCAAUAGAUGAGAAAACAUUUUUUUUUAUUUUGUUUAUAUUCUUUUUUAGGAUUCAUUAAUUUAUUUUAUUUCAGCUUAUUUUAUAUUAUUAUUUAUAUUUUUUUUAAAUAAUAAAUCCCACGUUUAUUUUUUAUAAUAAAUAAAUAAUUUACUGGUUGAGAUCAUAAGUCAACUGAAACUAGACCACCAUGGGGGACCUGGAAGCACUGGACGGCCGUU